AUGGAAGAGCACCGCACCUGGAAGAUUAAACUCCCGCCCGAGGAGUGCCCUGAUCCGGACUCUUUGGGCUCGCUUGAAGCCAUUUACCGCGAAUUAUGUCGCAUUGACGACAUCGAUUGGAGUCUCACCAAGCCAAGGCUUGACGGGUUCAACGACGCUUGGUGGGAAUACUUUGACGGAAACAGCGAUGGAGACUUCGCAACGGAAGAACAGAUCGAGGCUGCGUGCCGAGAUGCAAUCUGGCGGGUUGACUGUGACCGCGAGGCCCUGAGGAAGAAAGCAAUGCAUCUUUCACGCGACACCUUGAGACAUCUCGGCAUUGUUGAUUUACCAAUGGAGAUCCUUUCUCAUAUCUUCGGCUACCUCCAGCACCAAGCCAUUGAGGUUAGGGACAAGAACAUCAUCUACUGGCCCUCCAAAGUCCAGUCCGUGGCGAAUGCAACUGGACCACUUCUCACGGUAUACAACGCGCGUCAAGUCUGCCGUCUCUUCAACACACUCGCGUCGCCACUCCUUUGCCCAAUACUCAAUCUAAAGAUUGAACAAGAAUCUCUGGAUCGGGCCGAGAAUCUCCUCGCGAACCCAAACAUCGCCAGUGGUGUCACGGGCAUCCAGGUGUCACUCGAGUACCGCCCCCUCGAGCUGGCAGAGAGUUUCAGGCGGUUCGCCAUAGUUAGGAUGGGACAUCUUGAACGGUUGAAUCGGGAAGUGGAUUGGCCCAUCAGCGUUACCGAUCAGGAGGAUCGAGAAUAUAGAACGGAUCAUCUGCGAGCGGGUAAUUACCAGGAGAUACACGAUGCGUGGAAUUAUUUUCUCACUAUCCAGGAAGGGGAGGCCUACCUCUUCUCGGAAGAGGAGGAUGAAGAAGAGGAUGACCGAGUCUAUGAGCCAUUUGGGAUUUCAACGUACCUACCAGACAAGGCGGCAGUCGAAAUCUGGAGAAUAUUCUGCAACGGCCACAGAGAAUACGUCAAACUUCAAAAAUCCCAGCACGACUUGAUCCAAUCUCGGACCUUUGUCAAGACUCUGUCACGGCUGCUGGCCUCGCGACUGAACCGACCCCUCGCCCUGAGGAUGCACACCAGUUUCGACCCCGACGGAUUAUGGAACCAGGACGACGCCUACAAGAUUCUCACCGACAAUGCGGAACUAGCCAAGUUUCUGCCUACAGCAAAUACCUGGAGUGAAAUGAUGCACACUAUGAGGACCCCCGUAGUGCUCCAUCAGAUAAAGAUUCUUUCUGAACUCCCCAUAGCCAUGCACGAGGCUGGAGUUGUGCUGAGGCACCUGGCGGUCAACCACCUACCUGAAUACAACAGCUUCUCUACAAUAUGUCCAGGCGACGACGAGAGUCUCGAUUCUCCAGCGUGGGAACAACUGUCGGAAGCAUGCCAACACCUUGAAGUUUUCCAGGUUGAAUGGGGUGGCCGCCCUGCGCGAGGAAGCUUCCGCUACAUCGACAAUCAGGAGUACAGUGAAAGAUAUGUCAACUCGGUGCUUUCAAGUCAACAGCUCGAGCAUGUCAAUGUCACAAUCAGCCCCUUUGGUCUAAGCGACGGCACUGGCAAUACUACAGAAAGAGUACCACACAUGCCAGGUGUCCUGGCAAGCAUCAACUGGCCACGAAUCAAAAAAGUCAGCAUCAACACUUUGAGUCUACGCUACAAGGAGCUUGAAAACUUUUGCAAAGCUCUAGGUUCAACCAUCGAGUACAUCGGUCUCAUAUCGGUCAAUUUGGAAAGCGGCAGCUGGGUAAAUAUUCUAGAUAUACUGCGCGACAAGAUGGCCAGUAGCCGCAAGUCAGGGAGGUGCCGAGUCUGGCUGGCUGAUCUGCGAGGAGGCGAACUUGGCCAGAGGGGGAGUAACUUUGUCAACCGUACGCCUAACCCCCGGAGAAGGGAGCUUGAGGACCCAGGGUUGGUAGACUUGUUUCGGGAUUACAUCCAGGGAGAGAUGAAGGAGAAUCCAGCGCUCAAAAGUAGAUUUUUCUGGAGUUCAGGGGAGCCCAAGGAGUAG